AUGGGUUGCCCUGUAGCUAUGUCAAAUCAGGAGCUUGUUAAUGCUGGGAUGAAGACAAUGGAUGAAACUGAUCAAGCCAUUGAACUCUCCAAACAGACUGAGCAAAUGGGUCGUAUUGUUAAUGAACUGAAUACAAUUCAGUUCUCUAUUAAAAAGGCCUCCCAGCUUGUGAAGGAGAUUGGUAGGCAGGUAGGUUUUUAG